GAAACGACUUUCACAAUUUCAUUAACUCGAUUUCCAGAUGGGCAAAUGCAGCAAAGAUAAACGGGAUAUCUACUAUCGUCUUGGAAAGUCCGAAGGUUAUCGAGCUCGAUCGGCGUAUAAGCUGAUCCAUCUUGACGAGCUGUAUGGACUGUUUAACCAUCCGAGCCAGGCUGUUGACCGGGUCAUCGAUCUAUGUGCAGCUCCAGGGAGUUGGUCGCAAGUAUUAGUCAAGAAGCUCAAUGAAACAAGGUCUGCUGAAGAAGAACCAGCCAAGAUCGUCGCAGUCGAUCUCCAACCAAUGGCACCGAUCGAUGGAGUGGUCCAGAUUGUAGGGGACAUCACCAAACUGGAAACAGCGACCAGCAUUCUAUCUCAUUUCGAGGGUCAAAAGGCCGAUCUGGUUGUUUGCGAUGGAGCUCCUGACGUCACCGGUUUGCACGAUCUUGAUGAAUUUGUCCAGUCUCAAUUACUUCUAGCUGCACUCAAUAUCACGCUUUCGGUGCUCAAACCGGGCGGGACGUUCGUUGCGAAGAUCUUCCGCGGAAGGGAUGUGAAUAUGAUCUACGAUCAACUGUUGAACUUCUUUGGUGAGGUUGAUUGUGCAAAACCGCGGAGCUCGAGGUCUUCUAGCAUAGAGGCAUUCGUUGUUUGUAGAAAUUAUGCCCCGCCCGAUGGUUUUGUGCCAGACAUGAGCCACCCGCUACUGAUGAAUCCGGCCACACGCUGUCCAUCUGACGAAGGCACUUCCCAAGAUCUACGCCGGAUCCUUGAUUUUGUCGCCUGUGGUGACCUCUCUGCCUGGCCGGACUCGGACAUGAACUAUCCACCGCCAUCGCCAGGGAUCAACGAGGGGCCAGAGGACUCGAAUCCUAUUGCCCCUCCAACUGAGCCUCCAUAUAAAGAAUGGCUGUUGAAGAAAAGUCGGGGUGAACUUUGAACCCUCGGUCGCCAAAGCCGAUCCAGCAUCCAAUAUGCCCAUCCAAACCCCAUCCACGCUCGCGUGUUCCAUUCAGAACAUUGUAAGACAGGAUCACGCAUGAUUCUCCCCUGUAAUGUUCGUCAUGACCAUGCCGCUGUUUCCCCAAACCCCCAGAUCAUUCGAAAACUCAUCCAGUCUUUCUGCCCUCUCUUUCUCUUGGGUUUCCCAUCUUUGUUAUCAUUCCUCAUUUGUAGUCUUGACUUGAAUUCGACCAUUCUUUGUUGUGUGUAACCUCACCCCAGGAUAAUCGCUCACUAUACGUAUUGAAUGACAAUCCCAAAUCCAAAUUGUGCGACUGAAGUGAAUCUGUUGAUCACUAAUUGGGAUUGGCU